UAAGAUUCACUAAUAGAGCGAAAAUGGAGAAUGGAAGAGGCGAAGAAGAAGGAUACGAUCGGGCCAAGGAGGUGAAGCAAUUUGACGAUUCCAAAAUCGGAGUAAAGGGACUCGUCGACUCAGGCAUCACCUCCAUCCCUCGUUUCUUCAUUCACCCACCCGAUUCUCUCUCCUGCACCGCCACACCCACUGCCACCGCCAUCGCAGCUUCUCCUCCUGCGUCUAAUCCCAUCCCUACCGUCGAUCUCACCGACUUUGAUUCAGACCGUAGAUCGAUCAUCGUUGACCAAAUCCGAGACGCCUCCCGUACUCUGGGCUUCUUUCAGGUCACUAACCAUGGCAUCCCUUCCGAAGUCAUCGACCGUACGAUCGCCGCCAUCAAAGGCUUCAACGAGCAGUCGGUGGAUAUCAAAGCACUCCACUACAACCGCGAUGUGGGACGCAGCGUAUCAUUUUCGUCAAACUUCGAUCUCUACACAUCGAAGGCUGCCAAUUGGAGGGACACGAUUGAAUUAAGGUGGGGCCCGAAUUUUGACAUCAGUGAAAUCCCGGAGAUCUGUCGGAGUGAGCUCGUUGAGUGGGACAGGCAGGUUCAACGGUUGGGAGAGACGUUGAUGGAGAUCUUAUCGGAAGGCUUGGGACUGGAGGGUGGAAGAUUGAAGGCGUUGAGCUGCACAGAAGGGAAGACUAUGGUGGCCCACUACUAUCCGUUCUGUCCUCAACCAGAUCUGACGCUUGGGACUUCGUCUCACACGGAUCCAGGAGUGCUGACCGUGUUGCUGCAGGACCAGAUCGGAGGGUUGCAGGUGAAGCACGGGGAGCAUUGGGUGAAUGUUCAGCCCGUACCUGGUGCUCUUGUCAUCAACAUCGGGGAUAUCCUCCAGGUUAUUUCCAAUGAUGGAUAUAGGAGCGUGGAGCACAGAGUGUUGGCCAAUCAUCUUCUGCAACCACGCAUCUCAAUUGCUAUUUUUUUCAAUCCAAGUAAGAGAGAGGACUUAUAUGGACCCCUUCCAGAGCUGAUAUCACAAGAUAAACCAGCCCUUUAUCGGCCAUUUACGUUGUCAGAAUUCUUAGGAAGGUUUUUCACAAGGGGGUUGGGCGACAAAUCUUUGAUAAGCCACUUUCAACUGUGA